CCGGGGCUCCCCCUGAGCGGGCGAUGCCUCCGCGCCGCCUCCUCCUCCUCCUGCUCGCCCGCGCCCUCCGCGGCUCCGCCUUCGCCAUGGGAGACUCGGCCUCCCGCCUGCCGCAGGAGGGCGAAGCGCUGCCCGGCAGGACCCAGCGCAUGGCGGUGGCAGAUAAACAUCACGUCAAUGGAAACAGAAUGGUGGAACCUUUCCCAGAGGGAACACAGAUGGCUCUGUUUGGUAUGGGCUGUUUCUGGGGAGCUGAGAGGAAGUUCUGGAGGCAGAAGGGAGUUUACUCCACUCAAGUGGGUUAUGCAGGAGGUCACACCCCAAACCCCACCUACAAGGAGGUCUGCUCAGGCAGGACUGGUCACACCGAGGCCGUUCGAGUGGUUUAUCAGCCAGAAAACAUCAGCUUUGAGCAACUGCUCAAGGUCUUCUGGGAGAAUCACGACCCGACACAAGGGAUGAGGCAAGGCAAUGACGUUGGCACUCAGUAUCGCUCGGCUAUCUACACGUUCUCCCAGGAACAGAUGGAAGCUGCCUUGAGGUCUAAGGAGGAAUAUCAAAAGGUAUUGACGGAGGGAGGCUUCGGUCCCAUCACCACGGAAAUCCGGGAGGCUCCCGAGUUUUAUUAUGCCGAGGAUUAUCACCAGCAGUACCUCAGCAAGAAUCCCGGCGGAUACUGCGGCCUCGGGGGGACGGGGAUUUCCUGCCCCGUCGGCCUCAAGAAAUAGCCUGCGCUUACUCCACCACCUCCCCUUUGGCUUAGGGAGUUUGGGAAAAGACCAUCAACCCUGGUAGAUGCUCCAGUGCAGCCAGGGCAUAAAGAUUUGGGAAUCUGUCGGGGAGGUUUGCCAUGAUCGGAGCCGCUUCUCAUUCAUCGGCAUUAAAAACCAAAUUAGAGGCAAAAAUUUUGUUUUAGGGAGUUUGGGAAAAGACCGUCAACCCUGAUAGAUGCUCCAGUGCAUCCACACCAUCAGUGCAUAAAGAUUUGGGAAUCUGUUGGGGAGGUUUUCCGUAAUUGGAGCAGCUUCUCAUUCAUCGACAUUAAAAACCAAAUUAGAGGCAGAAAUUGCUUCUUGCUCUAGGGAGUUCACAGGGUUUCCUUGGGAUAUGGAGAGGUGGAAAGAGAUUCAAACUUCUCCAAGUUUGGCUCCAAGUGCUGUUAAAAGGAGGAAUUAGGAGGUGGUUGCAUCCAUAACUGCUUUGGCACAACUCAUGCCUUCAGAAAUGUUGAUUUCCUUGGAUUGAGGAAUUUGUGGGUGUUUUGAGAGCUUUGACUUCUGGAGACAUGGUUGGGCUCUUUAUCACCACCCUGUAAUUUGGUGUCUUUGGGAAUGAUGAGCUGAUAAGUAAUUGUCCCACAACUCUGCUUUCUAGGAUCACCUCUAGUGCCUGUUUUCUGAAAUAAUUUUAGUAAGAGAAAGUACAAAUUGUAAUGUGUUGCUGCUUCUUGACAGUUCCAAA